UUUCUCUUUUCCCACUUAGCUAUUGGACCAACCAAGCAUAUUAUAUAAUAUAUGCAAUUAUGCAUGCAUAAUUUCUUGUAUAUUUCACACACAUAUUUAUACAUCAAAGUUUUCAUAUAAAAGUCAUUCAACUUUACUCUUACCAUAUCUAAUUGAGCACAACAAAACAAAAAACUUGCCAGCUACAAUACAUAGUAAUUUGAGCUGAUCAAUCAGCUAUACUGUCAAUUAGUUUGGUCACAGAAAUUGUGACCCGUAAUUUGAGAAUUUGCACAUUUAUAAAUUUUGCUCAGGAAAUUUUCUCUACGUGCUAAGUUGGGAUUAUAAAAUGUGGAGGUUAAAAGUUGGAGAAGGUGCAAACGACCCUUAUUUAUACAGCACUAAUAACUUUGUUGGGCGACAAACUUGGGAGUUUGAUCCAAACUAUGGCACCCCUGAGGAGAGGGAGGAGGUAGAGGAAGCACGUCGUAACUUCUACAACAAUCGAUUUAAAGUUAAACCUUGUGGUGAUCUCAUAUGGCGUCUUCAGUUCCUAAGGGAGAAAAACUUCAAGCAAACAAUACCUCAAGUGAAGGUGGAAGAAGGGGAGGAGAUCACAUACGAAACUGCUACGACAACACUAAAAAGAGCAGUGAAUGUAUUCACAGCCCUGCAGUCUGACCAAGGCCAUUGGCCUGCUGAAAUUGCUGGCCCUCAAUUUUUCCUCCCUCCCUUGGUUUUCUGCUUAUACAUUACAGGGGAUCUGAAUUCUGUUUUCGGGCCAGAGCAUCGCAGAGAGAUUCUUCGUAGUAUCUAUUAUCAUCAGAAUGAAGAUGGAGGUUGGGGAUUGCACAUUGAAGGACACAGUACCAUGUUUUGCACUGCACUCAACUACAUUUGUUUGCGAAUGCUUGGAACCGGACCUGAUGAGGGCGAUGACAACGCUUGUCCUAGGGCUCGUAAAUGGAUCCUUGACCAUGGUAGCGUUACUCAUAUGCCUUCUUGGGGAAAAACUUGGCUAUCUAUACUCGGCUUGUUUGAUUGGUCUGGAAGUAAUCCAAUGCCGCCUGAGUUCUGGAUCCUUCCGUCUUUUCUCCCUAUGUAUCCUGCAAAAAUGUGGUGUUAUUGUCGAAUGGUAUAUAUGCCAAUGUCAUAUUUAUAUGGGAAGAGAUUCAUAGGUCCAAUUACACCUCUCAUUAAACAACUUAGAGAAGAACUCUACAACGAACCAUUUGAGCAAAUUAGUUGGAAGAAAAUGCGCCAUUUGUGUGCACCGGAGGAUCUCUACUACCCUCAUCCAUUGAUUCAAGAUUUAAUGUGGGACGCUCUUUACAUCUUUACGGAGCCACUCCUUACUCGUUGGCCUUUCAACAAGUUGAUUCGAAAGAAAGCACUAGAGGUUACAAUGGAACACAUUCAUUACGAAGAUGAGAACAGUCGUUACAUAACCAUCGGAUGUGUUGAGAAGGUUUUAUGUAUGUUAGCAUGUUGGGUUGAAGAUCCUAAAGGGGAUCAUUACAAGAAACACCUUGCUAGAGUCCAGGAUUACAUUUGGAUUGCCGAAGAUGGAUUAAAAAUGCAGAGUUUUGGAAGUCAAGAAUGGGAUUGUGGGUUUUCCGUCCAAGCAUUGCUAGCUUCAAAUCUUAGCCUCGACGAAAUCGGACCUGCUCUUAAGAAAGGCCACUUCUUUAUUAAAGAGUCACAGGUUAAGGACAAUCCGUCGGGAGACUUCAAAGCUAUGCACCGCCAUAUCUCGAAGGGAUCAUGGACUUUCUCUGACCAAGAUCACGGUUGGCAAGUCUCUGAUUGUACCGCCGAAGGCCUAAAGUGUUGUCUAAUGUUAUCAACAAUGCCCCCGGAAAUUGUUGGAGAAAAGAUGGACCCUGAGCGAUUAUAUGAUUCCGUCAAUCUCUUGCUUUCUCUACAGAGUAAAAAUGGCGGGGUUGCUGCUUGGGAACCUGCAGGGGCUCAAGAAUGGUUGGAGGUUCUGAACCCGACAGAAUUUUUUGAAGGCAUUGUCAUUGAAUAUGAGUACGUAGAAUGUACAGCUUCAGCAAUUCAAGCUCUAGUUAUGUUCAAGAAGUUAUACCCAGGCCACAGGAAGAAAGAGAUCGAUAAUUUCGUCGUAAAUGCAGUCCGGUACCUUGAGAAGACCCAGUUUCCUAGUGGAGGAUGGUAUGGAAAUUGGGGAAUUUGCUUCAUAUAUGGGACAUGGUUUGCUCUUGGAGGGCUAGCUGCUGGUGGGAAAACGUACAAUAAUUGUGCUGCUGUUAGGAAGGGUGUCGAUUUUCUACUUACUACGCAAAAAGAGGAUGGUGGAUGGGGUGAAAGUUAUAUUUCGUGUCCCAAAAAGGAAUUUGUCCCAAUAGAAGGAAAAUCUAAUUUGGUUCAAACUGGAUGGGCUUUAAUGGGUCUACUUUAUGCUGGACAGGAGGAGAGGGAUCCAACUCCUCUACAUCGUGCAGCAAAGCUUUUGAUCAAUUCACAACUCGAAAAUGGCGAUUUUCCUCAGCAGGAAAUAACAGGAGUGUUCAUGAAGAAUUGCAUGUUACAUUAUCCAAUGUAUAGAAGUAUUUACCCAAUGUGGGCACUUGCAGAGUACAGAAAGCGUGUUCCAUUACCUUCUAUCAACUCCUCCUAAUCGACUUUAAUUAUUUCCUAGCAACCUAGAAUUGUUACUAUAAUUUUGUCCCAAAAUAAGUUUUUAUCUAAUACUUAAAUGAAAUAUUAGAGUUGUAAUUAUGUAAAGCUGUACUUAAUGAAAUAAAUAAAUUGAAGACUAGUCUUAUUAAUGAUACGUGCACAUGAAAUACUAGAGCAUACUUCGUA